CUUAAAUCCCGUUAAAUUAAUUCUAAAUUAACAUUUCUAAUCGAAGCGAACUUAAACUUUUCUAAUCGAAAAAUAAAUUCGUCUUUUUAAAAGCUCAAAGAUCAUCCAUUUCCGAUCAGAGCUAUAGUGUUUGAGAUGUGAGGAGGAUAAAUUCCGAUAAGUUCUUGAUUUGUUUAUUCAACUUUUUAAUUAAUUUGAUAAGAACUUAACACUUAAUUACACGGAGGUGUAGUGGUUUACGAAGAAAGUGUAUUCCGAAGAACUUCUAACUUCUGAGGAAGGUUAUCUAUCAUCAAUGAUAACUUAUCAUCGCAAUGUCAAACAACAAAGAAAACGUGAACGUGACCUUGACCUUGACCUCUAAAAACAGUUGGAAACGAAUCCCUCUUCCCGAACUUGACGACCAAGAACAUUUCACGGGCUACGUGACGGAGACCUUGGCACCCAAUUCGGUCAUCGGGAUGCUCGACAUGGACGCGUUUGAGGUUCAAAUCUACUUGAAAAGUAAGCUGGGUGCGGAAAAUUGGAGAGAAAUAUAUUUGACGACGCCCUGCCUUCUCGCCGAUCCGGUGACAGAUAGAAUUAUUUCAGUCAACCAUCUCGCAAAACUGAAGGGGAUUUCAAGAGACGACGUGAUUGGAACUGGGUUAAAAAAGUGUCCGGAAAUACGCGUGAUUAGAAAAGAUGUGCGUUUUAGCAAGCCUGAAAAUUGGAAUUUGCGACAUUCUUCGUGGACCGUAUUGGACACCAUAUUAAAAUACCGGAAGGAAACAGGAAAACACUUCAUCGUCGAAUACGCCUCAAAUGACGAAUAUUAUUUCGACCUUACCCUCGAAAUUGAUCGCCUCGUCGACACGGUCACAGUCGAAAACAUUGAAAAAUUCCUAACUGAACGUGUCCUUCGUAUGAAGAAGACAUUUGUGGAACUGAGAAACGAAACUUUAGAUGAUUGGUCAAGUAUCCUUAAAAUUCUUCAGAAAGAGAUCUUCUUAUCCAAUAUUAUUGAUAAGCCUUUGACCCUGCUCCGACUUAUCUUGGGCUGCACCAUUCUCCACGAAAUAAAAGAAUUCAUCUUCACCGAAACGAACUUUGAAGCAUCCGGAGGAAUCUCGUGUAACAAGCUGCUAACAAAAUUAGCCUGUCCUCUUCACAAACCGGGAGGAAUUACCAUUCUGCCUGGGGAAGGAUUUAUCAAAAUUUCUGGAAACAUUCCGAUCGAGAAGUUGCCAUCGUUGGGGGGCGAUCGUGGCAAAAAACUGAGCGAUGCGGUUGGAGAAGUCAUGCUGACGAUUCGGGACCUUGCGACGCUCCCACUUUCAAAAAUAAUGGAGGGGACUGAUUUUCCUUUGGGGGAGGUUAUCAUGCUACGAAAGUUGGCUCGGGGACGAUCGGAUGACGCCGUGGUGGAAAAAUUGAUGAAAUUGUCGGCCACCGUGGGACGCGCAAAUUUGAAGGGGUUACGAUUCUACAGGACAAAAAUGAUUCGAGAAGUGCUUUCCACACUGACGGAAGAAUUGAUUGAGAGGCUUAACGAAGAAGAGGAGCGACAUAAAAGGAUUCCGGACCACGUGAAAGUCGGUCUCAGCUAUAUUUUCCUCCCCAGAAAGGAAGAAGAUCGAGGAAAAGCUCCACUUUCUCAGAGGUUCGCGUACACAAUCGAUACGGAGAAAGUUUCCGAGUGGACCAAGAAGAACGAGAAAGAAUUAGUAGACAAGAUUCUAACCGAAUUUUUUGCCUCGGUCAAAGGUCAGGGGGAAGGGAUCAUCGUAAAGAUAAGCUAUUCUGUGAGGGCAUUUCGUAAACUGGUGUAAAUUAUGGUAAAUUUAUGUGCAAUCUAGUCAUGCUAGAUUUUGGAGGAAUUUUAUAUUUUGCACUCUUGUUUUCUGUUAAGCGUUUCGUUUUAGUAUGAAUUUACCUAAAUUUUAAGCACUUACCAAAAUUAUUGAUUAAUUAACAACCAGUAUGAAUUUAUAAAAUAUGAAGUGCAAAGUUUCUUAAUUUACACGACUGAUUUUUGAAAUGGUAAUACUUUCGUUCGUUUAUUUAGUACUCAUUUUUGACUGAUUUUUUUAAAUGAACUUUUUAUUCAGUAGUUAAUUACUCAUUUUUUAAGUAAAUAGUACAAACUAUUUCCGAAAUUUGGCGUAGUCACAAACACGCCGCUAUCGCUUUUAUGAAAGACUGAAAAUGAAUUUAUAUAUAAUACAUUUUUAUUUUAUUUUUUGUGGUUUUCAAACAAUAAUUAA